GGGGGCAUUGCAUGCAUUGCUACCGCCUGAGCACUCGCUGCUGGCGGCGCGAGCCCUUCGCUGCGCUCUAGUGCCCGGCGGGGUCCUGCGGGAGCGCGAGCCGCGGCUCCGGAGAGUCCGGGAGCGGCGCGAGCCGCGGUUGCUGCCCUUCCCCCCACCCCGGAGCCGCGCGAGACCCUGCCCCUGGGGAUGGAGACGCCGCUGCUGUGACCGGCGGCAGGAGCGCGAGAGCCCGGCCCGGCCCGGCCCCCGCGCGCGCCGGGGCUAGCGCAGAGCAGCAGCAGCAGCAGCGGCUAGAGCAGCAGCAGCGAUGAGUGGGAGCGCUGCCCCCGGGCCCGGCUCGGCCCCCUGCCGCUUCGCUCACUACUUCGUCGUGUGCGGGACCGACGCGGACAGCGGGCUGGAGCCCGACGAACUGGCCGUUUUAUACCAGUGGCUAGAAGCAGAUCGCCAUGGCAACAGCUCAGAUACUGCAAACAGAACCUCAGGAGAGAACUUUGAGCAGAGCCCCUUAAGAAGAACUUUCAAGUCCAAAGUUCUGGCACACUAUCCUCAGAACAUAGAGUGGAACCCCUUUGAUCAAGAUGCAGUGAACAUGCUAUGUAUGCCUAAAGGGCUAUCUUUCAGGACCCAGAUUGACAACAGAGACCCGCAGUUCCAUUCAUUUAUAAUCACCAGGGAAGAUGGUUCUCGUACUUAUGGAUUUGUGCUCACUUUCUACGAGGAGGUCACAAGCAAGCAAAUUUGCACAGCCAUGCAAACGCUUUAUCAAAUGCACAAUGCAGAGCAAUGCAGCAGCGUCUAUGCCUCCUCUUCUUGCAGCAUGGACUCCCUGGCAAGCAGCAUUGAUGAAGGAGAUGCCACUUCCCUGGCCAAGCUCCAGCAGUACAACUCAUAUGACAUCAGCAGAGACACGUUAUACGUAUCCAAAUGUAUAUGUCUCAUCACUCCUUUGCCCUUUAUGCAGGCCUGCAAGAAGUUCCUUAUCCAGCUUUACAAGGCAGUUACCUCUCAACAACCCCCACCUUUACCGCUGGAGAGCUAUAUCCAUAACGUUCUUUAUGAAGUGCCCCUUCCACCCCCAGGGAGGUCACUGAAGUUCUAUGGGGUUUAUGAGCCUAUCAUUUGCCAGAGACCUGGCCCCAGUGAACUUCCACUGUCUGACUACCCUCUUCGAGAAGCCUUUGAGCUGCUGGGAUUGGAAAACCUUGUCCAAGUCUUUACGUGUGUUCUCCUGGAGAUGCAGAUUCUUCUGUAUUCACAAGAUUAUCAGCGUCUGAUGACAGUAGCAGAGGGGAUCACCACACUGCUGUUCCCGUUUCAGUGGCAACAUGUAUAUGUUCCCAUCCUUCCUGCCUCUCUCCUGCAUUUUCUUGAUGCUCCUGUCCCUUACCUGAUGGGUCUUCAGUCCAAAGAGGGAACUGACCGUUCCAAACUAGAACUUCCUCAAGAGGCUAACUUGUGCUUUGUGGAUAUUGAUAAUCAUUUCAUAGAGCUGCCAGAGGAACUUCCCCAGUUCCCGAACAAACUGGAGUUUAUUCAGGAAAUCUCUGAGGUUCUCCUUCAGUUUGGAAUCCCUCCGGAGGGUAACCUGCACUGCAGUGAGAGUGCCACCAAACUCAAGAAUCUUGUCCUUAAUGACUUGGUCAAUGACAAGAAGAACGGAAAUAUACCCAGUAACACCAUCAACAUGUACGAGUUGCUGAAAGGCAAUGAAACCAUUGCCCGUCUGCAGGCUCUAGCAAAGAGGACGGGAGUGACGGUAGAAAAAAUGACCAUCACAGCCCCUAUGGCAGAGAAGGAAAAGGACGUAAAACUGCAGUGUGAAGAAGAGGAGCUGAGGGACUAUAAACUAAAUGUGCAGCUUCGUGAGGUCUUUGCCAACCGCUUCACUCAGAUGUUCGCGGAUUAUGAGGCCUUCGUCAUUCAAGCCGCACAGGAUAUGGAGUCCUGGCUGACAAACAGGGAACAGAUGCAAAACUUUGACAAAGCUUCUUUUCUGUCGGACCAGCCUGAGCCUUACCUGCCAUUCCUCUCACACUUCAUUGAAACCCAGAUGUUUGCAACCUUCAUAGAUAAUAAGAUUAUGUCCCAGUGGGAAGAGAAGGACCCCUUUCUGCGGGUGUUUGACUCCAGAAUUGAGAAAAUUAGACUGUAUAAUGUAAGGGCUCCUGCACUGCGGACAUCUAUAUACCAAAAAUGCAGCACUUUAAAAGAAGCAGGUCGGCUAUCUAUCCAACGGCUUAUUUCUGUUGAUAUUGUGGCACCGGAACCUCAUGUUCUGUAUCGUGAAAGGCAGCAAGAGGAUAGUAAUACCCAAUCCAUUGAACAGCGGCUAAUGAAGAUUGAUCACACUGCCAUCCACCCACACUUACUUGAUAUGAAGAUCGGUCAAGGCAAAUAUGAACAAGGGUUCUUCCCAAAGUUGCAAUCAGAGGUGCUGGCAACAGGACCUACCAAUAACAAUCGGUGGGCCAGUCGAAGUGCCACAACACAGCGCAGGAAAGAUCGCCUUAGACAACAUUCAGAACAUAUUGGACUGGACAAUGAUUUAAGAGAGCCAUCGGAGGAGCUUUUGAUUCGUCAGAACUCAAUGGCAUUCUGGGAGUGGGAUCAGGGGCCACCCCCUCCUGCACGACCUCCUAAAAAAUCCUUCUCUGAAUGCUGCCUGAAAUACAUGCAGGAGGCAAGGAGUUUAGGGAAAAAUUUAAGGCAACCCAAACUCUCAGACCUUUCUCCAGCUGUAAUUGCUCAGACAAACUGGAAAUUUGUGGAAGGGUUACUGAAAGAAUGUCGCAUGAAGGUAACUAUAUAUAUUUUUUUAAAAUGUAUGUUUUCCACCCUUCUAUAAGCAGAAUGAACAUGUCUUUGUGGAGGAGUUGCAGGAAAGAUCCAUAACAACCAAACGCCCAUUGGUUUCACUGGUAGUUCUCUGGCUUGAGACCUUACAGAAUCAGCCCCUGAGCUGGUCUCCUGGUAUGCUAUAGCCUUAGGCCCUACUGGUCAGUCAGGGGCCGUGGCCGGGUGAGGGGGAGAGAGCUUGCUCACACAGUCCUGCUGGAGUGCUCCUGCCAGCAGGAAAGGCAAAGCAGUCCCCUGUGGCUUGGAAGGA